UAAAAAAUAAAUAUGUUCUAAUAAAUUUUUACUAACUGUAAUAUUUUUGCAUGUUAAAUUGUGAAUCAUGUUACCCAAGUUAUUUUUUUUUAUUUGUUAUACUUUGUGUUAUAUUUUAACUACAAAAUGCUUUGUGAGUUGUACAAUAACGCCAAAAACAUAUUGUAAAUAUUUGUCAGGAGUAAUGGAUCAUAUAAGUGAACAAGUUGGAUGGGAUUUUAUGCAGCAUUUAGAAAUUAAAUAUUCUACAGGGGUAAGUUUUAAUAUUAAGGACGUUGUUUACAAAGGAAGUCGUAUAAUACUAACAAAAAAGUUCGAUGCUAUGAUUGAUAUAUUGAAUUACUUGUACGCAGAAGUCAUCAAAACAUUUAUUGAUCAUAUUCGCACUAUAGCUAACCAAUGUCAAGAAUAUUAUGACUUCAACCAGGGAGAUAAUUUAUUACAUUGUACAGUUUUACUUCAAAGUGUUGUGGAAAAUUCGAAAACUAUGUUUAAACAGUUAUACAAUGUAAUGGACUAUCUUAGCAACAUAGAUUUUAAAUUAUUAGCGAAUGCAAAAAAAACUUUCUCAGUACCUAUUGUAGAUGAAAUUUAUACUUUUGUCGAAUAUGUAUCAUUAAAAAGUCAACAAAAUACACAGAUUUUUAUCGACCCAAACGAUUCAAACACAAAAAAAGAUGCUUGUAAGGUUAUUUUAGAUGUGAAAAGUUUUAUCGAGGGAAUAGGUCACGAGACCUACCAAAAUAUUAAGGAGAAAAAUAUUUCAGUUGUUUACAAUCAUAAACCAAAGUGCUUACUUGAAAAGAAUCUAAAAGAUUAUAAAGCACAACAAAAUAAAAACUUAGAAUUGAGUUAUUAUUUAAGUGAAUGGCUUAACAUAUAUUAUGCGGAAAUAUCUACAAAUUUAUACAAAAAUCUUGGCUUUAAACAAGUGUUAGAAGACUCAAUUAAGGAAGGUACUUUCAAACCUCCAGUUCAUAUACAUGGAAAUAUUAGUCAAAAGCACGUAAUCGAACAAUUAAAUACAAUUACUAAAGAAAACGGAUGGAAAUCAUUAAAACAUAUGAAUAUUGUAUUUAAUGAUCAAGUUAUAAGUGUAGAUCGUAUUCUUAGACACCCUGCAGACAAACUAAAUUUUCAUUGUAAAAAACAACAUAUAUUGAGAUUGAUCAAGUGCAAUUAUACAGAAAUACUGCUUGAGUAUUGGGAAUAUGUAAUUUUCAUGUUAAAUUUUUGUGAAACGGGAAUUGUCAAAAGUAAUGAUGUAAUAUAUUUAAAUUUUGUGCGACAAAUUUUUGAUACAGUUCAUAAGAUAACUAAUAUGUUUGAUAUAAUGUAUAAAACAUUGAUUUCUUUAAAUAAUCUAAUAGGAGAAUAUUUUCAUGACAACUGCCAUUCGAAUUUAAAAUGUUUGUGUACUUUAAUAACAAAAUUACUUGAGGAAAUAAAAUCUGGAAAUUAUUCACUGGAUGUUUUGAAUAGCAAAAGUAAUAUCAGUGAACAGAAAAUAACGCUAUCUUAUGCAAGAACAUGCGUAGAAAAGUUUUCACAAUUCCUAAAAUAUAACAAAUCGAAAAAUUCAUUAAAUGUAACGCAUGAUAAACAAUGUUUAAUACAAAGUGUAUUGUUAUAUAAUGAAACACCCCUAUUAAUAAAUAUCAACAAUUUUUCAUCUCAUUGUAAACAACUAAUUGUAUUUGCUAAAAAAUUUUUAAAAAUGUACUAUGAAGAUUUGGGUUUAAAUAAAUUUAAUUAAUUUAAUCAUCAAUUU